GACUGGAAGAAGCGGCUCGGAGAGGAGUUGUCACUCCUGCUUGGAGGGGUAGGAAAUUAAUAACCCAGCUCCCGACAAAACAUGAGCAGCUGCCCGAUCGAAAAGUCUUGUGUGCUGGGCUUCGACCAGUUUGGCUUCGCGGUAUUUCGGAAGCAGUGCGACAAGUGGAAGCAGGAACAUCGCAGUCAUGAGUACAGUUAUCCAAGUGUCAGUGCUUCUAAGUUGGAAUCAUGGCAGGACAUGCUUAGCAACUGGAAUGAGGCUGGUGCAUCGUGCAUGGACAAGAUGCAUGGCUUCCUCGAAGCUGGCGUUCCCAUCAAACUACGUGGUCAUCUGUGGAAAUGCCUUUUGGGUAGUGACCUCGCUAAAGAGAGCAGUACUCACACCUACCGAGAGUACGUGCAGGAACUCCGCAGUCAGCUCGCAAGCCUUGGUGUGAAUGAGUAUGGGGUGCAGAUGGCCAUUUCUACACUGGACAAUGCAGAUAAAGAGAGGGCAGAAACAGAGAGCAGAACUUGCAACCUGACGCCUAACCGAAACCCUGAGGUCACGAUUGAAACAUUGAGACAGAUUGUCCUGGAUGUUGAAAGAUCUUUUCCCACUCACUGUUCCCUGAUGGGUAAAAAUCCAGAGGCUAAAGAGGGGCAAGCAAAGCUAUUCAGGAUCCUCUCUGCAUAUGCCAAGCAUAAUCCUCAGAUAGGCUACUGCCAAGGCAUGUCCUACAUAGCAGCCAUGCUCCUAAUGAACAUGCAGGAAGAGGAUGCUUUCUGGGCUUUAGUUGUCCUACUAGAAAAGCCCAAGUACCUGGCUGGAUUUUAUGAACAUUCGUUAGAUACAAUCCAAAGGCACGCCAAAAUCUUUCAACAGCUGCUGAAACACCGAAUGCCCUACCUCUGGCAACACAUGGAGAAUUUGGAAGUGGCACCGUUACUGUUCAUCACCACUUGGUUCCUGACCCUUUUUACAUCCUUACCCUGCUGGGAUUCUGUGUUGGCCAUCUGGGAUCUAAUCAUUCUAGAUGGUAUCAAUGUAAUAUUCAGCACAGGCCUGUGUAUUCUGCAGCUACUGGAACCUCGGCUCCUCAAUAUGUCUGAUGUCUCUGUUCUCCUACCCACCCUGCUCAGGAUUCCUGUCGAUGUCUCGAGAUAUAACGUCCUAGUGCCGGCUCUGUGGAUAACUAAGGUGCACAAGUGGGAGCUGGACUGCAUGCAAAGUGUGGUGCUGGAAGAGGAGGAGGAAGAGCUGCUGUCCUCAGGCAGACACUCCAUUCAAGCGACCGCUGUAGAAAAGGCGACAAAGUUAAACGGGAAAAAUGCAGCUGACUCAAAAGGAACAGAUGGGAAGAGGUCCACGAGAUCAAGUGCAUCAACAGGAAGAGGAGCUGGGCAACAAGAGACAUUGAAGAACACACUUACCAAGAUGCUGAAGAUAGCCCGAUGUUACCUGCAAGACUUGCGCCACCUGUCCGAAGGCCACAAGGAGAGCCUGUCACAGGACAAAACGCUUAUUAUCCAUGGUCACUCAAAGAGCCGAUCGACCACCCUUAAUAACAAAGGGCAGGCAAGGAAAGUGAACAGUGGGAAGGGCAGGAGCGAGAGAACUUUCCGAUAAGCACAGGUUGGCCUUGUGAUCAGCAGGUGACCAAUAAAGGGCAAUUGUUUUUCGUCGAGUUUUAGUAAAGAAAAACAUUUGAACGAGGAGCAGAUAUUUUGACUCUGUAAUUGGGUGUCCAGUGCUACUAAUUCCAUGUUAUUUGUUGGUAAGCUUGCCUAGUUAAAUAACUUUCUCUCUUAAAUAUAUUUUUUAAAAAGCUGUGACAGUCCUUGUACCUUGUCACUGAUGCACUUGUGUGUAGUGAAAUGCACUCAGCCUUUAUAAAAAUAGAAGUUUCAAAUGUU